UUGACCAUUAUCAGUCCUUUAUUAGCUGCUAAGAGACGAAGCACGCUGUCUGGUACAUUCCGAGUUACGUUACAAAGCGCUCGUGCCGAGGAAUGUGAGAAAAGCACUGGCGCUCGUGAAACAGAAAGGGCAUCCCGCAUGGUUCGCUCAGAAACAUGUGAUAGAUCCACCAGCAUGCCCAAUCUAUUCAUUUCCUUAACCACCACCUGGAAAAAAAACCUUGUAUGGUCGAAUCGGUGGAAGCACAUUCAGCCCAAGGCGUAUCGCAAGUCGAAGUUAGAGUUAGAUACCGAACUCCAACUUGAUACAACGUCCUUAGUACGCCUAAGGAAAACCUCCAAUUUGCAUGCCCACCUUCCACACCCACCAGUGAGAGCACAGCCGGUGGUUUACAUGAGCCGAUAA